GGAGCUGAUGGCUCUAAACCGAGGUGAACUGAAGCGCGUGAACACAUCAAUAAAACACAUUUAGACCAUAAAAGCUCUGAGAUCCAUUUAAGAAAUCUCAAUUUGAUAAUUUCGGAAAAUAUCGAGGAUUAAAAUGACAGCGACAGCUAAUCCCGAGGAUAAAAUCACUGCGUCGCUGAACGAAUUCAUACGCGCGCUCCCACCAAACGACUAUUCACUGGAUGAGAUGAUCCCCUCAUCACUGCCGACAGGUUUCUCUGAUGGAGAAAUGGGCAUCUGUUCUGAUCAAUUCAGUGAGGUGUCGGGAGGUGGCUUGAGUACCGACAGUUUCGACGUGGAGAAACAGGGCCUUGACCAGGCCGAGUCGAGCAAGAUCUCCCCGCACAGUGCGCAUCUCGCCUACACAGGAAAAAUUUCCAUCGAGGCACAAGGAAGUUGGAAUCAAGAGGGAAUUAUCAACUUCAGUGUCAGUGCAGGGGUACAAGGCAGGACAUCUUCGCCGGGAUCCUUCUGCACGGGCUCUCCCGGUCCCACAGACCUCAAUUCAGGCUGCUCCAAAACAGGGCAAACACAUCUUAACAUGGAGCAUAUGUACACAAGUCCUCCCUCUUACACCUGCAGUGCCGAUGGGUACCACGACCCCUCAGCAUAUCUGUCCACCAGCACAUGUGGCAUAACAUACGGCACUCCGUCCUACUCCACACACAAGUCUACCCUAGACGGGACGCUGUUCUCCAUCAUUCCCGACUACGGAGGUUUCUAUCAGACCAGCAACAGCCAAAGGGAAAUGGCUAUGUUUCAGGACAUCAAACCGUUUUCGUGCUCUUUGGAGUCUAUUAGAGUCCCUCCACCUCUGACUCCUUUGACCACGAUAAGAAAUUUUACUUUGGCUUGUCCGAUAGACGGGUCAAGGCCACCUGUAGACGCCAAUCCACAAAAUGUCCCACUCAGGCCGAUACUGCGGCCACGAAAAUACCCGAACCGACCGUGCAAGACGCCGGUAAAUGAGCGACCGUACCCCUGUCCGGCCGAGGGAUGCGACCGGAGAUUCUCUCGCUCGGAUGAGCUCACGCGACACGUGCGUAUCCACACCGGGCACCGGCCGUUCCAGUGCCGGAUCUGCAUGCGCAGCUUCAGCCGGAGCGACCACCUCACGACCCACAUACGUACACACACGGGCGAAAAGCCCUUCUCCUGUGACUUCUGUGACAGAAAGUUUGCCAGGAGCGACGAACGAAGAAGGCACACGAAAAUCCACCAGAGACAGAAAGACAAAAAAGCGGCUGCGCCUCCUCACAACGCGAACGUCGAUGGGACAUUAAUGUGAGCACCGACAAGAGUUAAAAUGUGCUGUUAGGGGCCGUUCACUUCAAAUGUGUUUUUACACUAAAAACAGCUAGACGCAACGCGACGGGGGUGUCUCGAGACACGUUUUUAAAGGGAUAGUUCAACCAAAAAUGAAAAUGAUCUCAUCGUUUACUCACCCUCAUCCAGAUGUGUUUGACUUUUUUCUUCUGAAUACCAAAGAAGAUUUUUAGAAGGAUGUGUCAGAUCUGUUGGUCCAUACAGUGAGUGGUGGGCAAAACUCUGAAGGUCCAAAAAGCAUAUAAAGUCAGCAUAAAAGUAAUUCACACGACUCCAGGGGUUAAAUCUAUAUAUUCCAAAGCCAUAUGAUAGGUGUGGGCGAGAAACAGAUCGAUAUUUAAAUAUUUUUUUCCUCUAAUUUCUCCUCCCUGCCCAGUAGGUGGCGAUAUGCACAAAUAAUGUGAAUUGCCAACAACAAAAGUAGAAGAAUGUGAAAGUGGAGAUUUAUAAAGGACUUGCAUGUUGAUCUGUUUCUCACUACACUUAUUAUAUUGCUUGACAUGGAUUGAAGCACUGGAGUCAUGUGGAUUAUUUCUAUGCUGACUGUCAUGUGCUUUUUGGACCUUCAAAGUUCUGAUCACCAUUCACUUUGUAUGGACCUACAGAGCUGAAAUAUUCUUCUAAAAAUCUUAAUUUGUGGUCUGAAGAACAAAGAAGGUCAUACACAUCUGGGAUGUUAUGAGGGUGAGUAAAUGAUGAGAGAAUUAUAUUUUUGGGUGAACUAUCCCUUUAAACAGUUGAAGUUCAUUUUAACUUUAAUUUCACUCAAAAAAAUUAAACGUGGCGCUCCUGCGUAUGACGCUAGCUCAUGUUUACAUAGAAAAAUACUUUUAAACACAUUCGGUGUGAACAGCCCCUUACGUGGCCCAAUAUCAGCGUGGAACUAUAGUCCUACACAUUUGAAGGCCGCUUAUGAACUGUUGAAUGUGAUUUGUUGUAGUAAUAGCCAGACAUAUAUAGACACGCCCGUUAAGUUGAACAUUGUUAUUUUGAUUUCUCUUUUUGUCAAUAUUUGUCGUCUUGUCAUGCGUUGCAAAAUUGGAGGUUCCUUUACUGGGGCGUCCAUAGGGUUUACAAAGCUCCAUCAGUUGUUGUUGCUUUUUUAUU